UUCUUUAUUUACACAUGCAACAUCGAUUGUGGUUGAUAUUUUUAUUUUACUUAGGUACUUAAUAUCUGUAUUGGCUUAGCUACAAGAAAUUUUUGUUAUUUGUGUCAAUUUUCAUGUAAUGUAUUCACUUUUCGACGACAAUUAAUAACAAGUUUAAAAGUUUUUCGUACAACGAUACAGUACAUGAGAGGUGGUAAUACCAAUUCAGCGAGUGAACCUUUUUUUGUUGUUACUUUUGUUUCAAGUGUAUCAUAAGUGUUUGGAUCACUUGCCAAGGCUCAAUAUUUAGAACAAAUUAUUCAAAAUCAAAGUUUUUGUUAGUAGCGAGGGAUUCGUGCGCCCAUGGGGGAUGAAAAAGCCAUAGGCAUGGGAGAUGCAGGUGAACAAGAGAAUGCAGAUCGUGGCGAUGGCGAGAACAAUAAGACCGAUAAAUUAUUUACCUUAAAAAAGUGGAAUGCUGUGGCUAUGUGGAGUUGGGACGUGGAGUGCGAUACUUGUGCAAUUUGCCGAGUUCAAGUUAUGGAUGCGUGUCUGCGCUGCCAGGCAGAGAGUAAAAAGGACUUUUACGGUAAGCAGGACUGCGUGGUCGUGUGGGGCGAGUGCAACCAUUCCUUCCACUACUGUUGCAUGUCACUCUGGGUCAAGCAGAACAACAGGUGUCCGCUCUGCCAGCAGGAGUGGUCCAUCCAACGGAUGGGCAAAUAGGAGAGUGCAGAUUUUUAUCGCAUACGUUGUUGAAAGUUCUUGCACGCGCGGAGCCUUGUGUCAUCGAGAGACGGACAGUAGAAACAUUUUUCACGUUUCAUGCAAUAAUGGUAACUAUUGAUAAGUAGUGUGUAACCAUACGAACAAUAACAGCAAUUGAGUGCAUAAUGCCCAUGUACAUAGUACCCAAUAUACCUUCCUCUUUCGGUGACAAGUCACUUGUACCAUUGGCGGUCAAUAAUUACUUUUUUUGCAAUGCAAUACCUAUUUUUCAUAAAACAAAUAC